GACAUACAUCCUUCUGCUACUAUAAAUACCCACAAGGACCAACCUCUUUCUUCACAACUCAAGAAACAGAGCAAACUACUCAAAAAAGCCUCAAAGAAAAAGCUGUUAAAGUUCGAUUAAGACAAGAAAGAAUAUGUCAAGCACUGCUGGUCAAGUCAUACGUUGCAAAGCUGCUGUGGCAUGGGAAGCUGGAAAGCCACUGGUGAUGGAGGAAGUGGAGGUGGCUCCACCUCAAGCCAUGGAGGUUCGUUUGAAGAUCCUCUUCACUUCCCUCUGCCACACCGAUGUAUACUUCUGGGAAGCCAAGGGCCAAACCCCAUUGUUUCCUCGCAUCUUUGGGCAUGAAGCAGGAGGGAUUGUUGAGAGUGUUGGGGAGGGCGUGACAGACCUCAAACCCGGUGACCAUGUGCUUCCUGUCUUCACAGGAGAGUGCAAGGAAUGCCGACAUUGCAAAUCAGAGGAGAGUAAUAUGUGCGAUCUUCUUAGGAUUAACACUGACAGGGGUGUGAUGCUGAAUGAUGGCAAGUCAAGGUUCUCGAUCAGAGGGCAGCCCAUUUACCAUUUUGUUGGCACCUCAACCUUUAGCGAGUACACUGUGGUUCAUGUUGGCUGUGUUGCCAAGAUCAAUCCUGCUGCCCCUCUUGACAAAGUUUGUGUUCUCAGCUGUGGAAUCUCUACAGGUCUUGGUGCCACCUUGAAUGUUGCUAAACCAAAGAAAGGCUCUUCAGUAGCCAUUUUCGGACUAGGAGUUGUAGGCCUUGCGGCUGCUGAAGGGGCUCGGAUUGCUGGUGCUUCAAGAAUCAUUGGUGUCGAUUUGAAUUCCAAUAGAUUCGAUGAAGCCAAGAAAUUUGGUGUGACUGAGUUUGUCAACCCAAAAGAUCAUAACAAGCCUGUUCAAGAGGUGAUAGCUGAAAUGACCAAUGGAGGAGUUGAUCGAAGUGUCGAGUGUACUGGAAGUGUCAAUGCCAUGAUUUCUGCAUUUGAAUGCGUCCAUGAUGGAUGGGGUGUUGCUGUACUUGUUGGUGUGCCGAACAAAGAUGAUUCUUUCAAAACCCAUCCAAUGAAUGUCCUGAAUGAGAGGACUCUCAAGGGCACCUUCUUCGGGAACUACAAACCGCGCUCCGACCUUCCUUCAGUUGUCGAGAAGUACAUGAACAAGGAGCUGGAGCUAGAGAAAUUCAUCACCCAUGAAGUCCCUUUCUCAGAAAUCAACAAGGCUUUCGAGUACAUGCUUGGUGGAGCUGGCCUGAGGUGUAUUAUCCGUAUGGGUGCAUAAAAGAAGACUGGUUUGGUUUGCCUUGGUGUGGCCGGAAACAAUAAAAUUCUUGUUUGAGAUUGUUGAUUAAAGAAGGUUUCUGUGUUUGAGCAUCAGUAUGUAAUUUCUUUCAUUGUUGAUGGCAAAAAUAUAUAUAAUUGGCCCAUUUCUGGCAUGUAUAUAUAAAUCAAAGAAUCACAUGUUCUUUUUCUUUCA